AUGGAUUCCACCACCAAUACCUCCCCUGCCAUUAAGGCUGAAACUAAUUCCACUGCCGCUGCUCCAGCUGCCGAACCAAUUGCUGAAUCUCGAAGCCAAGCACCUGCUUCUGGCUCCAACAAGAAAAGUCAAAAGACCAAGCGUUACUUGCCAGAGCACAAGAAGCCUGAUGCUGCUUUGACAUUCCCCGAAAAGUUGAUGGCCCUAAUGAAGGAAGCGGAUAAGCACGAUCCCAAGACUUUCUGCAUUGCCUGGCUUCCAGAUGGAAAGACCUUCAUCAUCCGAGACCCCGAGGAAUUCACCCGCAAGGUCCUUUCUCACUUUUUCAAGGCCACUAAGUUCAGCUCGUUCACUCGCAAACUGUACCGUUGGGGAUUCCGCCAAGUAAACCGUGGCAUUGGUCCUGAUGAUCCAAUCAUCUUUGGUAACGAAGCCUUCCAACGCGACAGAGAAGAGCUCAUGGCCAACAUGAGAUCUGUCACUGCUGCUUCCACUCGCAAGCAAGAAAAGAGCAGUCUCGAGAUUGCCCUUGCGCAACGAGCUCAAUUGGAGGAAGUCAACCGUCAAAAGAACCGUGUUCUUAUUGAACAUCUUUUGCAACAAAAGGGAUUGGCUAGCAACCCAUUGCUCGGAGGCGGAGCCAACCCUGCUUCCAUGGACUAUGCCACUUUUGCUGCUUUGCAACAACCACAAGCCCAAGCCAUGGGACCCCCUGGACUUGGCUUCUCGGUCUAUGAUAUCCUCGAUCAACGCAUGCAACAACGCAAUGCCUUGAUGGGAAAUUCUAUUCCCCAGCAGCCACAAAUGCUCAGUGCUCUAAACCAACAAAAUUUCCAGAGACAGCCAUCCACUGCUGAUGUAUUGAAUGCUGCGAUUUCAGCCUUGCGAUACCCAUAA